AUGAAGCUUUCUAUUUCGGUGACGGAAGCUUCUUCUGUUAAUGAUACGAUAACCUUUCAAAUCAUUACCAAAGCGCGGGAAAAUAGUACCAUAGAUUUCACUUUCGCGUCUCCAGUGUAUCGUACUUAUCAACAACUUAAUUGGCUUUAUUCUAGACUUUGUUUAAGGUUACCUGAAUAUGUCAUUCCACCAAUUCCUGAACCUCCUAUUCCAAAUUUACUCGAUGAUUUGGAUUAUAUCAAUCGUAAAAGAGUUCAAGUUGAACGGUUCUUACAGAAACUUGGAAAUAGAUCAAAAUUUGUCGAAAAUAUGGAUUUUAAAUACUUUUUGACGAAUAAUAUGACCCAUGAUGAUUCAUUAGAUGGAAAAAUGGGAAAAAAAUUGGGAUUCUUAAAUAAUAUCAUUAAACCCAAUUAUGAACGCGGUUUUCGUAUAUACCGUCCCAGUGAACCAAUCGAAGAAAAUAAUGCCGAAGAGUUUCAAAUGCGUGUGAUUUAUGUCCUGAGGCUCGAAGAUCAAUUCAAUGCCAUACUUGAUAAUGUCAAUGAGAUGAUAAAACAACGAGAAGCAUUGGGAGCUUGUAUAAAUCAUGUUGGUGAUUGUUCUUUACAAGCAUUAAAUAGUAAAUUUCGUAUGGGACAUGGAAAGUCAAUUAAUAAUGUUGAACGUCAUAAACAAUAUGAUUCUAUGUUGCAUUUGUUUGGAACUCUCACGAAUGAAGUUCAUUACUUAUUAGGUCGACAGGCCACAAUGGAAAGUAUCAUAUUUGGUGACGUGUUCUUGGAAUACAGAAAUAUAAUAGAAGCUAUAAAGACUGUUAUGAAUAACAGAACAGAAAAAUUGGUGGAAUAUGUUAAUGCUGUAAAACAAAGAAAUAAAAAAUACGAGAAAGCAGAAAAGUUGAAGUCAGUUAAGGGAUUAGAUUCAUCUGACGUACAAGUAGCAAUUGCAGAGGAAUCCAAGUUAACAGAAAAUGUACAAAAGGAGAAAGAAGAAUUUAUCAACGUACAAAAGACUGUUACAAGAGAAUUGAUUAGAUUUAAAAAGGAAAAAUCUGAUGAGCUUAAUAAAAUCUUAAAGGAAUAUUCUGAAUUACAAUUAAGAUUUGAAAAGCAAAAAUUAAAAGCUUUAACAAGUUACUUAAAUAAAUUAAAAAAUAUAUCAUCAGAUGAAGUUGCAGAUGUUGAACCACAGAGCGAUCUUGAUAAUAUUGCAGAAUUUCAAGUAAAAUCUGCUCGAUAUGAUGGAAAUGAUUUCAAUAUAGAUCAAAAGAAAUCUCCUGAAAUCUUUCAAAGAUAUGAUCCUUUAAAUGUUACACCUAUAUAA